AUGAAGGCCUCAACCGUCCUCGGCUUCGUCGCCGCUUUCGGCACCGCCCUGGCCGCGCCCUCCGGCAUGGCCAAGCGCGAGCCCUUGGUCGACGUGGGCACCAUCCCCGUCCUCCAGCCGCUGCUCGGCCUCGUCGCCGACAUCCAGAUCUCCGUGGUCAUCAUCACCACCGAGGUCGCCAACCUAGGCAACAUCGGAUCCACGCUGGACGGCGCCGCCGAGCAGGUCGAUGCCGCCGUGCCCAAGAUCAAGACGCAGCUGGACCUGAUCGACUCGUCGCUCAAGAAGUUGCCCGAGAUCAAAGCCAGCGGCUCCGUCGGCGUCGAAGGAGCCGCCGUGGCCCUCGACGUCUACGCGCAGCUGUUCGAGUCCAUCUCUACUGCUAUGGGUGCCGUCAGUGGCCUCGAUGGUGAGUAG